AUGUCAAGCAUACCAGAGAAAAAAUUCUACGUCACUUCAGCAUACUCGCUACUUGGACCAGUGUUUGUUAGUUUGCUCUCGUUUCCUUCGCAAGGAUUUUGGCAGAAUGACGACAAGACCUAAAGGAUAUGGAUUCUCAGCUGAAGCAAAACGAAAAAUUGAAUCAAAGUACGACGGCGAACAAGAAAGCAAAGCAAGGGAAUGGAUCGAGGCUGUUCUAGAGGAAAACGUGUUUGAAGGCAAAGAGGGACUGGAUCAAGUCCAUCAAGUUCUUCGAAGUGGAACUGUUCUCUGCAGGGUGGCCAACAAGCUUGGAGGAAAUAUAAAAAUACACGACUCAAAGCUGGCCUUUAAACAGAUGGAAAACAUCGGUAACUUUCUUAAAUUCAUGGAAGGAUAUGGCUGUGCGAGAUGUGACUUAUUUCAGACUGUGGAUUUGUACGAAAAACAGAACAUGCCAAGUGUUAUCGAUGGCGUCCAUGCGCUUGGACGAAAGGCAAACUUAAAGAAUCCUCAUCUGCCUCAACUUGGUCCCAAGGAAGCUGAAGCAAAUCCACGAUCGUUUACAGACGAACAACUACGYGCACGUCAAGCAAUCCACAUGCCCUGAUGAUCAAACAUUCUAGAGCAUUGUCUAAAUUGGCUGACUAAAGCGCUUAACAGCUURUCCCUUCCUUUUUUGUCAACUAAGAA